AUGUCGGCCUUUGCAAAAACUACUGGGUUCGGGGUGGCGGGCUACGAGGGCCCCGGCUCCGUGCUGGUGUCCCCGGUGCCGCACCAGAUGCUGCCCUACAUGAACGUGGGCACGCUGUCGCGCUCCGAGCUGCAGCUCCUCAACCAGCUGCACUGCCGGCGGAAGCGGCGGCACCGCACCAUCUUCACGGAUGAGCAGCUGGAAGCGCUGGAGAACCUCUUCCAGGAGACCAAGUACCCGGACGUGGGCACGCGCGAGCAGCUGGCCCGGAAGGUGCACCUCCGGGAGGAGAAGGUGGAGGUCUGGUUUAAAAACCGCCGGGCCAAGUGGAGGCGGCAGAAGCGGUCCUCGUCGGAGGAGUCGGAAAACGCGGAGAAGUGGACCAAGCCGUCUUCCAAGGCGUCGCCGGAGAAGAGGGAAGAGGAAGGUAAAAGCGAUUUGGACUCGGACAGCUGACCGCCGCAGGCCGGCCUGGCGCUUGCCUCACGGGAAGGACUUGCACAGACAGACGAUGCUACUUUGUUGCACACACGCUGCCUUGCAGGAGGGGUCGGGACAAGGAACGAGGAAGGAGGAGCUGUAAAUAGUGUACAGAGCCGGGAGGGCCCGGCGGCCGGCGCCGGGUCGGGCAGCGGCGGCUCACAGCCCCGCAGUCCGGCCGAAGCCGAAGCCACCUGUGUCUUGCUCGCGUUCGCUGUAGUAUUUAUAGUUAAGUUAAAGGUGACAACCCAAUAAAGUGACGG